AUGAUUGAUCAUGAACAUGCUUUAUCAAUUCAAUUGGAUAAUUUAAGCGAAAUUCAAACACAAAUUCAAUCGAUUGAAAAGAGAGCAGUACAAUUAGGAAAAACAAUUUCCAAUACAUUUAAAUUAGCUGAAGGAGUUAGUUCUAAAGUAAGACAAUUACAUGGUGUUCAAGAACGUGUACAAUUAGCUAUUGAUGCUGUUGAAGCAAGUAUUGGAAUGAAAAGUUGUGUUGAAGGAGUUGAACAAGCUAUUAAAAUUGGUGAUUAUGAAAAGGCUGUUGAAUAUGUCAGUCGAGUUUUACAUAUUAAUAGUGAUAAAAGUGAAGAUGAACAAGAAAGAAGAAAUACUUUAUUUAAGAAAUCAGAAAAGAAAAUCAAGGAAAUUGUUUCUUCAAAGAUGAAAGAAGCUUUGAGAGAUGAAAAUGAAACUCAAAUUAAGAGAUUUUCUAAAUUAUUUUCACCUCUAUGUAUGAAUGAGGAUGGUUUAUCAUUAUAUGUUGACUUUUUAUCAGAUAAAUGCAGAAAGGAGCUUGAAUCACUUGACGAAGUAGAAAGAUUAACAUAUAUUAGAAAACAACAACAACAAUAUGUUAGUUUUAUUGAUAUUAUCACCCAAAUUUUGGAUAUUAUUGUAUCAUAUAUCGAGGAUUGUGAAGAUUUUGUAACAAGUAAUUUUGGAGGAGAAAAAUGUACUAUAUAUUUGAUUAAUUCACUCCAACAUGUUUGUGACAAGAUGGUAAAAAAGGUUUUAGAUGUUUAUGAAAAAAAGAGAGAAUUGAAUGAUAUUUUAACAGCUGUUUCUAAAAAACCUAAUACAUUACCAAUCAAAAAGGAUCUUAAUACUAAUGAUCCAAGAGUUCUUGAUCUUAUUUUGGAAGAAAUUGCAGAAAUAUCAUCUAAUAUUGAAGUUUACAAGCAAUUUAUUGCUGGUAAAUGUAUUAAUAUUAAAACUGAUGGAAAGAAUGAAAUGUAUACUUUAACAAAAGAACCAAUUAUUUAUAGAAGAAUUCAAGAAUUGAUGAGUUUUUAUAUUCCCAUUGAUAUGUCCUUUAUGAAACAAAGUUUUUUCAAAGCCAUUCAAUUGGAAAGCGAUGAGGAUGAAGAUGAGUCAUCAAAGUACUCUUCCAUUAUUAAUGAUGUAUUUUUCAUUUUACAAAAGAGUCUUAGUAGAGCUAUGGAUUCUCAAAAUGUUUCAGUAGUUUGUGCUAUUGUGAAUCAUAUUAAUGGAAUACUUGCCACUGAUUAUUUUGAAUUUGUAAAGAAGGAUGUUAGCCUGAUAUCUCUCAUCCAAUCAAAUAAUAAGGAUGAUUUUGUAAAGAUUUUGAAAUCUUUAAACAAUAUUCAAAUAUCGAGUGAAUACAUUCUCAAGUUAAAGAAGGAAUUUGAAAGAAGUUAUGAAAUCAAAUUCUUCAAGAACAAGAAGGCUGAACCAAACUCUCCAGAUAGAAUGAAAUUGAAGAGUGGAGCAUCUGAUCUUGUUCAAACCUCAAUCUUCUUUUCUGAUGAAUUAAGACGAUACACUCAAAAAAUGGUCAGCGCCAAGGAAUAUUGUUUGAGUUUAGAACAAGACAUUAGUUUUUUAUUGGAUAGUGAGCUUAAACAUCCUGCAAAUAGUAUUGCUUUUUAUAAUUUAUCAGAAAGCCAAUUUGCUGCAAGAGAGCUUAACAAUAUAUUCACUACCAAAUUCAUUGCAAAUAUGGAGAAGGUAUUGAAUGUAUAUAAGAAGUAUUUAACCAAGUUUAAUUUCGAGGAACUGGUUGAAUUAGCUAUUAUCAUUCUUUGUGACUAUUUGGAAAGACAAAUCUUUGCUAAAAGAUUUAGCUCUUUUGGAGGUUUACAAUUGGAUAAGGAUGUAAGAGAGUUUAUGGAUUAUUUCAGUAGCAAGACAGAUAGAUCUGUUAGAGACAAAUUUUCAAGAUUAACACAAAUAGCUUAUUUAUUGAAAAUGUCAGAAGUGGAUGAUAUUUUGGAAAUUUGGGAAUCAGCUCAACAUUGGAAAUUAUCAGUUGGUGAGAUUAAGAAUGUUUUAUCUUUGAGACUAGAUUUCAAACAAGAACAAAUCCACAACUUGUCCAUUUAG